CUGUCUGCAUAGUGAGAUUUUUAACAUUAAAAACAUUUCUUUUUCAUCUUUUCUUUUCACAUAAAUCUAAACUCUUUCACAGCUUUCCUUUGGUAUCACCAUCCAGUAAACGACUAGAGAGUAGAGAUCAAUGGCGCGGGUAUUUUAUGCAUAUUGAAGGUGAAACAAUGGUUGGAUUUUGCACAAAAUCUUGAAAUUUUGUUAAAGAUAUCGUUACCUUUUAUGCUAUAUCGUAUUCUUUCUUCACUCCGUGUUAGAUCGAUAUCUGUUAUAUUUAAUGUUGGUUUAUAACGGAGGUGUAUAGGUUCGUCAAACGGAGCUAUAUUUUAUGCAAAUGUCUGCUUUACUUUUCGCUUGUCAAUUUAUUUGACAAUUGCGUUUUGUUGUCUGGAUCUGCUGUUAAUAUUUCAUGGACACCAGUGAUCCAAUAGCAUGGUUUCAACAAAAAAUUGGCCGAUAUGAUAAAGCAUUAUGGGAAAGAACCAUUGAACAAAAAGAAAUUAAAGUUCUAGAGGACCUCAACUGUGCUCCAAGGAAGUCUGGCAAUGUGAAACCAGAACUUAUUGAUAUAGAUCUUAUAAGAGGUUCAACGUUCUCUAAAGCUAAGCCAGUUCAUGGUUGGUUUGCAGUUUUGAGAAAAGGUCUUCUUCAUGUUUGUUUCUAUCCUCUCUACUACAAAUGGUGGAGAAAUGUCAUUCCAUUUCCAAUAUGGAUUUUCUUUCUUCUUCUCUACACCACGCAGCUUCUUGCAUUUGUUAUUUACACAAGCUAUUCUGAAGAAAUGAAGUUUGUCUACCCCACAGAAGCAUUUGGACCAGUUUUGAUCAUGGUGGUUUUAGGUAUUCUUCAUACUCAAGUUGUGUCAACCACAGUUUCAAAUGUUGAUGGUAUCUCCUUACGAUCUGGUAGGCAAAGAAAGUCACGACGUAAGAAAUCCAAACCGCGCAAUCAUCUGAACAGUUCCGUUGAAGAUCUUGUGCAGGAAAGACGAAAUGGAGUGAGGAAGCGCAUCAGAAAGAAGCCAAGUGCUGAAAAUGUGAAGAAAGUGACAAACCUUAACCGUUCAUCACAAGCAGCUGAACUGAGCGCCACUGACCAGAGCGAUGACGAAGGUGAACGAGAUGACGUACAUCCAGAGAAGUCUCAAAGCGAGGGGACUGAAGCCGAACGGUCUGAGAGGACUGAGGAAGAGUUCUUUGAGAACAAUGGAUCAAGUUCCUCGACCUCUUCCUACAGUGAUAAUGAAUCAGUGAAAUCGAAUUUUGAUGAAGAAGAUCCGUUUAAAUGGGAUAAAAAUGGAAUUCUGAAUGGAGUGACGGGUGGAGCUCCUACUGGAGAAAUGGUUAGCGCGUCAAUAUGGGAAGGUCGUCAAUGUAAAAGAGUUGAACUAACGUUGCUGGACAUGAGCUCAGCAAUUAUCAAUAAAAUGAACGCGUUUAAAGCAAGCUCUGGUUAUCUUCAGUUGGCUCUGGUGGUGUCCGUCUGUGUCGCCUUCACACCAUCCUUAUUUCGUCUUUACGAAAGUGAUGAGCAAACAAAAUGGACAUCAAGACAUGGUUUGUAUCAAAUCUAUCUUCGAUGUUUUGGCUCCGAGCUCAAAAGUUCUUUAGUGAUCUGGAUGAGCCUCAUUCAAAGCGGAAGUUCAAGUUUUUGUUUUUUCUUUCUCCUCUGCGUCGCUGAGAGGACAUUACGACAGCGUCUUUUAUGUGCUAAGUUAUUCGGCACCAUUACUUCAUCACGACGAGCUCGGCGUCAUGGUCUACCUCACUUUCGAUUACAUAAAGUAAAGAAUAUUAAAAUGUGGCUGUGUCUACGAUCAAUGUUGAAGAGACGAGGUCCUCAGCGUUCUGUUGGUGUUAUUAUUUCCUCCACUUUUCUCUUAGGAAUAUGUUUAGUUGUCAUAACCUGCGUCCAGCUUUUGAAAGGAACAGAGAAAGAAAGAUUUCUAUCAAAAUUAUUCAACGUUGAAGUAUUUAUUUGGUCUCUUGUAUUGUGGAUCUAUCAAUUACGAUUCGUCACGUUAGGUUCGAAGAUCAACAGAAAAUUUCUUAAUAAUACCGUCUUGAUGACAGAACAGUUGAAUCUUUACUUACAAAUGGAGAAAAAUCCAGCGAAGAAGGAUGAUCUUAUGAUUGCAAAUAAUGUAUUAAAACUUGCCACAAAACUGCUUAAGGAUUUAGAAAGUCCAUACAAGAUAUCAGGCUUGGCAACGAAUCCAUUAUUAUAUAAUAUUACAAGAGUUGUUGUGCUUUCUUUGAUAUCUGGCGUUAUGUCUGAUUUACUGGGCUUUCGGUUGAAGGUAUGGAAGAUUAAAGCGUGAUGGUUAGUGGUUAGAAAUAUAUAUGUUCAUUUGUAAAUAAGAGAAAAGCAAGAUAAUAUAUCAGAUAAAGGUAUCGUGAGCCUUCUUUGCACUUUUUUUCUAUCUAAUAAAUAUUGCUUAUUUAAACUUAAUCUAUAAAAAGUUAGGAGUGGCAAAAGCUAUUCGCAAAGACUAGGAAAUAUUUAUGAUUUCAUAGUUCUAGGGCGACUAAUGUUCAAGUAAUUGGUUAGGUUAUGUUAUGAAUUGAUUAAUUUUCGCUUUGUUAAGAAGCAGGUUAUCUUUGAAUUAAAUUACUUUGUUGAAAGAAAUUUGAUUAAGUUGAAAUAUAUACACUUUAAUCAUUUUAAUUUUGGUAUAAUUUUGUUGAAACAAUAAGUUAAUAUUCUUUCAUAACCAAGUUAUGAGUUGGUUAAUUACGGCAGACGUGAUGUUGUGUUAAUGGUGGUGUAGUGAACGAGAGUUAAAUUUCUAAUAUAGUUGCAUG